AUAACAAAACUACAUCAAAAAGGCAAAUUUCGUAUUUCUUUCUUAUCAGUCCACCGGAAAAUAUCUUUAUUUUUCCUUUUUAAUUUCUUUGAUUUUAAUUAUAAACUAAUUCCGUACGAUGUCCCUCCAAGCUAAAAUCGGUCCAUCAAUCCUAAAUGCAGAUUUAGUAGAUCUCUAUAGCGAAUCUCAAAAGCUCUUGGACAAUGGAGCCGAUUAUUUGCAUCUGGACGUAAUGGAUGGUCAUUUUGUACCAAAUCUAACAUUUGGCCAUCCUGUGGUAAAGUGUCUUCGUAAUAAAAUCAAAUCAGCAUUCUUUGAGACACACAUGAUGGUAUCGAAUCCUAUUCAAUGGAUCGAACCGAUGGCAGAUGCCAAUGUUAAUCUGUAUACAUUCCAUAUUGAACCGGUUAUGAAUAGUGUCGAAGAAGUGUGUCGCAAAGUUAAAGAAUCUGGAAUGCAAGUUGGAUUAGCUUUGAAGCCAGGAACUCCCGUCGAAGAUGUUGUCAAGUACAUCGACGAUGCUGAUUUGGUUUUGGUAAUGACAGUCGAACCUGGAUUUGGUGGUCAAUCAUUUAUGAAUGACAUGAUGCCGAAAGUAGAAUGGUUAAGGAAAAACUAUCCAACUCUUGAUAUUGAAGUUGAUGGUGGUGUUAGUACAAAAACUAUUGAUUGCUGUGCAAAGGCUGGUGCUAAUUAUAUUGUUUCGGGAACAGCGGUUAUUAAGGCUGAUGAUCAGAAGAAAGUUAUAAGUGAACUUAAAAACUGCGUACAAAGUUAUUUGAAAUAAUUUGUUGAAUUAAUUCUUUUUUUUUUAU